AUGGCCUCUGCUGGGACGCCGCCCGUGGCGAGUGGAGCAGGUGGCCGAGGCAAGAGAGCCUCUCGGCAAAUUGGCAGGAGCAAUUCUGACGAGGCACCGCCGAAGAAACACCCCGCCGUGGACGACGGCAUCGAGCGCUUCGAGGUGGUCGGCGGCGGCGAGGACGUGAAGGAUACUCGUCUUCCAGGGGGAAAUCGAGUCGCUGGCUUCAUUGGCAGCAUGCUCGCGGACGAGGAUAUGUGCCCGACGCUGGAGGGCGCCUGCUCGCCAACCCCCCCAGCCAAACCAGCAGCACCUGGACAUGAUGAGGAUCCUGGAGAGCAGCAGCAGGUCAAGCAGCACAUCGAUCGCACGCGCUCGGGCGUCAUGGACAGCCUCAAGGUCAUGCAAGCUCGCCUGUCGGCGCUCAGUGGCACGACGGCGGGGCACUGCAAGUCGAUCGACAAGGCGGUGGAGAAGCGGAUGUGCAGGGUGGAGCACAAGGUGGAGAUUCACGAUACGCGUACCGGCAAGCUGGAUCAAGAGGUGCAGGACCUGCGGGAUCUGUUGGGCCUCACGCGCAAGGAAGAGCCGACGCCGCGGCCAGCGGGUGGCGGCAGUGGGUUCGACAGGGAGAUCGAUCACACGGUCAUCACGGUGCGGACAAAGGAGGCCUUGCCCAAGGCCGCGGUCGCUGACGCGGUCGCCCCGUGGCUGCAGGACAGCAGCCUGGUGGACGGCGACUACGAGGUCUCUGAGGAGCCCGUGGACAAGCGCUACCAGAUCUUGGUCACGGGCCAGAGGUCGCACGCGGCGCGGAGGGUCAACCAGGCCAUCGGCGCGCUCAAGCUUCCAGUGCGCGGCGCUGGCUGGAGGAGGAUCACGGCCCCGUCGCCCAUGGGAGGGGUUCCAGUGGAGCUUUCGAUCAGCCCUGACAAGAGCCCGGAGCAGGUGGCGGGGGAGCUCGGCUGCAAGGAGAUUGUUCGAGCUCUCUCGGUCGAGUACCCAGCGAAGAAGUACUUCGUGGAUCAGGGGAAGGGGGGGGCCAGCUCGUUGUGGAAGGACCUCAUCUCCUACGAGCCCGCGCCUGGCUCUCAGGCGCCCACGAUCCACUGCAGCCAGAAGAACAUGGAGCUCAUCGGCAUGCACUACCAGAAGGUUCGCGACGUGGUGGGCAACCUCUUCUCCGAGUCGGAGGCUACGGAGUGGUGUCUUUAG